AUGUCGCGUCUACGAAGAUUCGCUCCUCUCCUGUUGCUGAUUGCAGUCCUGCUGCUGGACCACCAAUCAGCAGCGUCCACGUGGCAAGAGCACGGAACGCUCGAUGUUUGCGCGACCAAGCAAACAUGCGAGGAACAAAACUUGAGAUUUGCACCAGAGGGCAAGAGCGAUAUUUUUGCGGAGGGCGUAGCUGCUGCUUCUGACUCUGCUGUCCCCACUGACGCUGCUGCUACCGACGGUUCUGUUCCUCCUUUAGCUGAUUCCAGCGAUGCGCAAACGGGUCAGAAGCAGAGCAGAGCGGACGAGCCGGAAUCUGAGGCUGGCGUGACUGAAUUGGAGCAGGGUGUGACGCAAUCGGAGGAUGUGAUAAGGGACGGAGAGUCGAGCACGCUGUCUGAAGUGAAUGUGACUGCCAUGAGGCAUCAAGUAGAGGAGAUGUUCUAUCAUGCGUAUGACGGUUACAAGCGAUUCGCCUUUCCACAAGACGAGCUGAAGCCUCUCAGCUGCUCUGGGUCCAAUCCCUAUGGUGGCAUGGCGAUGACGCUCAUGGAGAGCCUAGGCACGCUGCUGCUCUUGGGCAACGUAUCAGAGUUCAACUGGGGCGUGGAGUACCUCUCUCAGCAUCUCUCCUUUGAUCUGGAUAUACGCGUCAACGUGUUUGAGGCCAACAUAAGGGCGCUAGGGAGCCUCCUAUCCGCCCACAUGCUUAUCCUGCAAAGCCGCGACCCCGCGCUGCCACCUGUCCAUCCCUCAUUGGCCGGCGUGCAUCUGGCACCUGGGUACAACGGCCGUCUUCUGGAGCUGGCUAUUGAUCUGGGCUUCAGACUUCUCCCUGCUUUCUCUUCAGGCACGCCCAUCCCCUACGCGUGGGUGAACCUGCGAAGGGGAGUUCUUCCAGACGACGUGACACACACAUGCACUGCUGGCGCCGGCACGCUGCUGCUGGAGUUCACUGCGCUCUCAAACCUCUCCGGCAUUCCCAUCUUCCAGGUAAGGAAAUCAUAG